CAGCAACAGUCGCAGGGCUAGUUAGCUAGCUAGCAGGGGCAGCUUGCGCCAGCAUGGAACAACAACGAGACGCAGACAGAGCCUCCAUGUUCAACAGCCUGGGACUCGGCAGCAGCAGCAGCAGGAACAACAACACAAUUCUUUCUUUCUUUUUCCCUCCCCGGCUGGCUAUGGCGACUCUCCCCCCACCCCCACCCAGCCCUCCUCGCUGAUGAUGCUUUCUCGCCUCUCGCGCAACUAGUGCUGCCCACUCCUUCCUCGCUCCUCCCUCUUUUUCCUUUGCCGUGAGUCGGUCACGCCCCGUCACGCGCAGCCUAGUAGAAUAGGCUUCUGCUACAUCAAGUCCCUCUGUUUGUGUCUGUCUGCGUUGAUUUUCGGGGUUGCUUGCGCGUCUUGUUGCGAAUUUUCGGGUCUGUUGGUGUUCUUGUAAGGGUAGACUUGUUGAGGGCGAUUUGGAGAUUUGUAGUGAGGAUUUGAGGUUGCAAGAGGAGGUUCUGGUGCGGAGGGAUUAAAAGAGUGGCCACGUGCGAGGUGGUGAAAGUGCGGCGACUUUUGGAAUCGGCCUUUGAGUGGUUUCGGAGGAGUCCGACCGAGUCCGGUGGCAUUUGCUGCGCUCUUUUUGAUACUCUUGGGUUAGAUAGGGUAUGUAAGACGUUUCGGAAGGAUCCUGUGGAGAAGGCAGGAGCAGCGUUGCAUUUGAGGGAUGACAUUGGUGGCGACAGGUAUACCAAGGGAAUGCGUGGGAGAAGAGAGAGGAAGCGUGCAGGCUGUAGUUGGAGAUGAGAUAUGGAGGGGAGAUGGAGGGCUGUGGAGAUCGUAGUGAGGGGCGAGUGAUUAGAAAAAGGCACCCGAAGUAAGAGUUGAUGUUGCUAGCUUUUAUAUGCUGCAUGGUUCCAGAAGUUUUAGCUCCGGACUGUUGAAAGUUGAACGGCUUCUAUAUUAUCGACAGGGACCGUCGCGGUUAUAUGCAGCUAGCGGAUGGUACUCAAAAGGCAGAAGAACCUAACAUAAAGUAACAAAGAGAUUUUGAAGCUGAGAAGAAACGAGGGACUUACCUCUGGGACUAGCCAGCCUCGUAUGGCCACUGCAACUGCCUCCGCAGCCAGUGGCACGAAUAUGAUAGGAGGUGGAGGGGCUGUCCCAACAAAAGCAGGUUCUAGCGGCGUGGAGUCGUUACCUAAAGAGAUGCACGGGAUGAAGCUAAGAGAUGACAAGGUUGACCACAGCGAUGAUAAGGAGUUCGAGGCAACAGUAGUGGAUGGAAAUGGCACUGAGACGGGCCACAUCAUAGCCACCACCAUUGGAGGGCGCAAUGGGCAGCCGAAGCAGACUAUCAGUUAUUCAGCAGAACGUGUUGUCGGCACAGGAUCAUUUGGGAUCGUGUUCCAGGCAAAAUGCAUAGAGAGCGGAGAAACUGUGGCUAUUAAGAAGGUGCUUCAGGACAAGAGAUACAAGAACCGAGAACUUCAGAUCAUGCGGCUGCUGGAGCACCCGAACAUUGUAGCUCUGAAGCACUGCUUCUUCUCGACGACAGAGAAGGAUGAGCUUUAUUUGAACUUGGUCUUAGAGUACGUCCCCGAGACGGUGUAUCGUGUAGCAAAACACUACAAUCGCAUGAACCAACGAAUGCCAUUGUUAUAUGUGAAACUGUACACUUAUCAGAUAUGCCGGUCGCUGGCAUACAUUCAUAGUGGCAUUGGUGUGUGUCACCGUGACAUCAAGCCCCAGAACCUGCUGGUGAAUCCUCAUACGCAUCAGCUGAAGCUUUGCGAUUUUGGUAGCGCGAAAGUUCUGGUGAAAGGGGAACCUAACAUCUCGUAUAUCUGUUCACGGUAUUACCGUGCUCCUGAGCUGAUAUUUGGAGCGACGGAAUACACCACUGCGAUAGACAUAUGGUCGAUGGGUUGUGUGAUGGCGGAGCUUCUUCUAGGGCAGCCUUUGUUCCCUGGAGAAAGUGGAGUCGAUCAAUUGGUGGAAAUCAUCAAGGUGUUGGGGACACCCACACGCGAGGAGAUAAAGUGCAUGAAUCCGAACUACACGGAGUUCAAGUUUCCUCAAAUUAAGGCUCAUCCUUGGCACAAGGUUUUCCACAAGCGCAUGCCUCCAGAAGCAGUAGAUCUGGUUUCAAGGCUACUUCAGUACUCUCCGAAUCUGCGGUGCAAUGCUUUGGAAGCUUGCGUGCAUCCAUUCUUUGAUGAACUUCGAGAUCCCAACUGCCGUUUGCCGAGUGGGCGGCCUCUGCCCCCGCUGUUUAAUUUUAAGCGUCAAGAAUUGAAAGGUGCCUCUCCUGAGAUUCUGCAGCGGUUGUUACCUGAGCACGCAAGGAAGCAAAAUCCGAUGCUUGCAUUGUAAGCGUGAUGUGGAGAGAAAAGGAAGCCCGUUUUCAGGGACUUCCGUGCUUGGAAGUCUGGACAGCUAUGUGCAAAGCUUCAAUCGAAACUGUU